CUUGGCUUUUAAAACUUCAUGGAUCGGGGCUAAUAUUUCCUGUGGCUUCUUCAUGCAAAUAACAUUAUAGAUAAUUCACUCACCUCUGCAUUAUCCUGAAGACAGAUGAAUAUGUUCAACAACCAUCUCUUUCUGUACUACUGGACUACCAUAUGCCUUUUCAGUCUGCUGGCAGCUUUGACAGCUGCUGAAGAUGUCACAAACAGCACUUUAAACCACACAGACAUGCUCUUAGGAUCUGUGCCUGUAGUUAUCUACAGAGUCGAUCACAUUACAGUGAAAGAAGGUUACAGUGCCUUGAUUGACUGCAAUGUUCAAGGUCACCCUGGCCCAGAGUAUGAGUGGUACAACUCCAAUGGCCAUUUGCUGAAAGACGAUGAGGAUGGAGGUAAGUGGUAUCUUCUGUCCAGUGUACUGAUUGCUAUGACCAGCGUAUCGUUUGAUGAUCGAGGAAAAUAUACAUGUGUUGCUUCUAACAUCUAUGGCCGAGUAAAUAACACUGUUACUCUGAGAGUUGUCUUCACCUCUGGUGAUAUGGGGAUCUACUACAUGAUUGUAUGCCUUGUAGCUUUUACCGUUGUUUUGAUCUUAAACAUCACAAGGCUGUGCAUGAUGAGCAGCCACUUGAAGAAGACUGAGAAAGCCAUCAAUGAAUUCUUCCGGACAGAAGGAGCAGAAAAAUUGCAGAAAGCUUUUGAAAUUGCUAAACGCAUCCCGAUUAUCACCUCAGCAAAAACUCUUGAGCUUGCUAAAGUAACACAGUUCAAGACCAUGGAGUUUGCCCGCUAUAUUGAGGAACUGGCAAGGAGUGUUCCACUGCCACCUCUCAUCAUGAACUGCAGAACAAUAAUGGAAGAAAUUAUGGAGGUGGUGGGACUUGAGGAACAGGGACACAACUUUGUAAGGCAUUCGGUUGUAGGACAGGAAACCACUGACACAGAAGAGAUGUAUAUGAUUCCUAGCGCUCUGAAGCGUAGAGACUCUCUCACUGCUGAGUCCGAUGCCUCUUCUCUGCAUGAACCGCCACGCAAGAUUGCUAUCAAAGUGUCCAUUCACCAGUUAACUAAAAAGGACUGUGUGGAUGACCAGUCACAAGACAGUGUCCAAUUAGAAAUUAAAGAAGAGAGGGAGGAAGAGGAGAUUGUCGAAGCACCAGCACAGGCACCUGAUCCAGUGUCGGACACAGAGUCCCCUGUGGAACCAAAUCCUACUGACACAGCUCUGCAAAGUGAUAGGGACACUUGCGUUGUUUAUGAAAGCCAUGUAUGAUAGGGUUCCCCCCCCCCCUGCAGAUCUAUGCAUAGCAAGAAAUCAGGUGGAGUACUCUUUAAAAAAAGAGAGAUAAUGUAUUUGCCACUAAGCCUUACCUGAAGACUAUCACAGCAAAUGCAUGUAUGUGGAUUACUUGGCACUUUCUUCCUCAUUAUAUAACUUAGUUUAAAAGCUGGACAAAAUAAUUCCUCUAACACUCAUAUUAAUUCCUUAUUUUGGUUCAGGAGAAUUUUUUUUCAGUUCAAAAAACAUUUACCUCAGAGAAUUUUUAAGGCCAGUGUUGCUUUCAGUGGCUACCUGGGAAUCGUGUGUAGUUCUUAAGACUCUGAGGUUGCCACAGUCAGUAGAAUGACUUUUUUCAGUUGUAUGGUUGCAGGAUUGCUUAUUACAUAAGCUGGGGGAAGGGAAGCUGCUUUUCAUUUUGCUCUUCUCAUUCACUCCUUUCCCUCUUGCGCAUUUUUGGUGACUUUGCUCCUAAGGUUUUUGAAAGAGUAUCCAAUAGGGAACAUUUCUAGUUAAGUUAAGAUCCUUGUGGGAUGUCACAUAACAAACAUCUGCGCUGAACUGUAGCAGAGGGAUAAAGAAGGCCAAAUGCAUUUAUUUCAUGGGAAGGCAGACAGUUUGUGUUUAAAGCAUGUGAAAAACAUCCAUUUUCUUCUUCAAGGUGGGCGGGAACCAGAAAAUGCUCAUUCACAGAGAGGAUACACAGCCCAUUUGUUUUUUGUUGGAAGGAGAGGGUUUGUCCCCAGCCAGAAAGCCACAAUGCAAACAAUAAGUGUAACUCCCCAUUUGCUAUGCUCGGAUGGCCAAGUGCAAAGGAGGACAGGGAUCCUUGUGUAGCCAGAACAGGGCAUUUCUAAAGGGGACCCUUUUCUCAUCCCCACCUAACAAGCAGCACCUGCAGGGAUAAGCAACUUUAGGGGCCCCCCACAUACACAUACUAGUGGUUCCAUGGAGCCAUUUGCAGAUACGAAAACACCAUCUGUGCAGGCAGGGAGAGGCUAAAGCCGUUUCUCCCUGUGUGUUGUGGUCACAAACAGAAAAGAGCUGGUGUGCAUCUGGGAGACACAAAACUUCCAUUGCAUGUGUGAUUCAAAGUCCUUCUGUUGUUUGCUAACAAACACAAGGACUUUGUAAUAUGUAGAUGGAGCCUCAGGAAACAUAUUCCCCUUUGCAUUUGGUCAACACAGAGGUACUAGUAAUUUCAGUGGGACAUGAACACAGGUAAUCGUGCAGAUUUUGCUGUUAUGGCUCAGUGACAGAACGUAUACUUUGCAUGCAGAUGGUUCCAGGUUCAGUUCCCACUAUCUCCAGUUAAAGGACCUCAAGGAACAGGUAUUGGGGAAGACUUUUCUCUAUCAAGGACCCUGGAGAGCUGCUGCCAGGCACAGUGCGCAAUACUGAGCUAGUCAGACUUGGUAUAGGGCAGCUUAUGUAUUUGAUAUUUUUACACAUACACAAUAAUCUGUCGUCAAGGCACUGACAUCUAUUUACCACAGCUCUCAUAUUAAGUAGGGGUCAGUAGAUGCUCUUACUUGAUUUGGAUGAGGUUAAACAAUUGUCCAUAUAUUUAUAGCAAAGUCCCUAAAGAGUUUCGCUAUACAAUGAAAUGGCAAACGCUAUGUCAG